GCGAGUUAACAGCUUUGGGAAGACUAAGUGGACGCGGAUUAGUUCUUUUACGUCUGGGAAUCGACUGCCAAAACGCUGUCACUGAGGGAGCAGACAGACGGGUGGAUGAGGACAGAGAGCUUGGAGACUAACGUUAAGCGUACAUGUUUGCUCCGGUCAUGUCAAUUGCUCGCACCAAAACUGGGAUCAAGCGUACAUAAAGAACAACAUCUCACAGAUGCCUCCCGGACCUUGCGAUCCGAUUUAUGCAAGACUGUGACAGGACCGUCCGGCCCCGGAAUCUACACUGCUUAACCCUCAUACAGACAGUGAAGUUGAGCUACAUUUUCCAGGAUUAUGCUGAGCAUUCUUGCAGCUGGCUCCAUAUUUUUCCCAGGCCUAUACCUGCUGUCCAAGCGAUUCCUGAAACAUGCUCCUGGGCUCAAAUGGACUGAGAAGGAUGCUGUUAUCGUCUCAUCCAGACUGGUAUCCUCUAUUCAAGCCAUUAUGGCAUCCUCUGCUGGGUACAUCAUCGCCAGUUCUUGUAAAGAUAUCAUCGAGGACCAGCACUGGCUCACCAGCAGCUAUAUCCUCUUUGCGGUCCCUUACUUCAUUUAUGACAUCUACGCUAUGUUCCUGUGCUACUGGUACAAGCUUCAGGUCAAAGAUCACGAGGAUAGCGAGGCCAAACCGAUGAGAUCAGCUAUCAGCGGCUAUCUGCACCGGGAGUUCCUUAUGAUCUUGCACCAUGUCGUCAUGGUUACUGUCUGUUUCCCUGUCUCCGUGUUCUGGAGACAGGGCAAAGGGGAUUAUUUUCAGGGUGUGAUGUUCCUGGCUGAACUCAGCACUCCAUCUGUCUGUCUGGGAAAAAUACUCAUCCAGUACAAGCAACAGCACACUCUCCUUCAUAAAGUCAAUGGAGCUCUUAUGCUGGUCACUUUCUUCAUCUGCAGAGUUCUUCUCUUCCCCUACCUCUACUACGCCUAUGGCAGGUACGCAUCCAUCCCCUUCUACAUGGUGCCACUGUCCGUGCCAUGGCAGUGUAACGCAGGAGCAGCUUUGCUCAUGGCCCCGCAGGUCUACUGGUUUUCCCUCAUUUGCAGGGGCGCCUUCCGUCUCUUCACCGGAGCUUCACGACACCGAAAACCCUCUAGAAGCACAGACUCUGAGCCUAAAACCUCACUCCUGCCCCCAGCCAAUGGAUACAGCUCCAGAGAGACCAACUCCCACUGAGAGAGGGCUAGAGAUAUAUAGAGGUGGCAGGCACAGUGUUGUUAGGUUUAGGCCUCAAUCAAAAUAGGAAACUGAAGGCAGAUGACUCCUAAUAAUGGGUUGAUCUUCCUUUGACCCAAUGGCGUGGGUCAACAGGCAGAGAGACUGUGAAGAUACAUGCGCCCGCUACUUACCUUCAUCCUCUCAUUGAGAAUGACGCAAACAAACCGUUUGUUUUUACUUUAACAUGCACAUAUUUAACAUGUAAUUAUCGCAGAAGGUCGGGAAUGUGAUCUGCUGCAUUGCAGGAUUAGUACAUCAUUUGUAGAUUACCAUUAUAUCAUGCAAGCUUCACAAAAAUUAGACUGCUACAGACACAACAGGAACAGUAUUUAAACUGAGUAAAGGGUUGAUAGAUCCCUCCUCAUUAGGAUGUAGAACAGGGAAUAGCGAUUUCUCAGUCAAUUUGUACAUAUGUUUUAAUUAGUAGUUAUGUUGAAUUUUAAAUGGAUUAGAAUUUAUUUUAGAAUUCUCAUAGAGAAUAAUUUGUUUUUAUUUAUUGAGUUGAAGUCCUUAUUAGGGGUAAAUUUGUUUGAAUACAAAGCUACACACCCUACAGAAAGAUUGAAAAUAAAAGUUAGCUGUGGGUUAGAAGGUGCAAGGCUUUGUCCCAGCUCUCCAAAUUCUCCCAUCCUGUUCUCUCCUUUCUUAGUGCUGAAAACACAGAUGAAAUCAGAUGGCAACUUCCGCAGCCGGACUGCUAUUACUCAUCCAGUUUGUUCAUGAAUCAGCAGUUAUAAAGGAGACGGGGGUCAUUUAAAGUAAUUGGUUGAGGCUGAGGUAAUGCAUUUAGCAUAUCUCUGCUGCAGUACUCCUGUCCAUUAAAGAUCUAUAGUUGUUGGGCUGGGGGGGGGGAGGGACUGAGGUGCCCAUUGAAACGAUACACUUGAAAACCAAGAUGGAGUUGUCAAGGCACUUGGAAAGACCAGAGACAAUUGGUUUGUCCUUUUUCGUACAGUUUUAUAUGAGGACUGCCAGUAUGAUGGCCCUUCUUAGAACUUUUGCAAAUAGAUGCACACCAUCUGGAGUCCGUGCAACCACUGAAUUGAUUGUAAACUGUACACUGACAAGAUGUUUCUUAAGCACUUCUCUGUAAGCUGUCAGCUUUCUUUCUAUCUGUUUUUUCUUUUAACAGCUUGAGGUACAACAAUGGCAUGUUAUGUCACCAAUACUCCUUCAUUUUAUGGUAAAAGUAUCAUUGGUGUAUCAACAUUGUCUUAGCAACACCUCCUUUAGCAUGAUGAGCCAUACCUUGUUAAAACAAUGCAGACAGAGCUGUCCGUUUGAUGUUAAACAGUAUUAUUGGUAUCUCGAGGUGAGGGGAUGUUGCGCAAGGCUGAUUCAAGGAGUAAGAUUGAAUCUUGCACUGAAUUAUAACAAGUAGGUGUACUAAACAAACAUUUAAGUCUAUGAGGAAGUUUAAGACUUUAAAAGCACCAAAUAGACCAAUCUUUUCAGAUUUAAUUGGAGUCCCAUAAUAGAUUAGCCACGUUUCUAUUACUAAUUAGAACUGUUCUUAUUUUGCUGCGUCGCAUUUAGGCAUCAAUGUAGCCUCCGAAGCAGUGCUUUCAAUAUGCUCUUUAUUCAAAGUACUGUUGGAUUGUUUUGCACUGUGGCAUCACAACAUGAACUCACAGGGACAGCCCAGUUUUUGGGCUUGAAUAGGGCCAGUAUCUUCAACUAUAGCAAACUAGUUUUGGAAUUUAUAGUUGAGUUAAGAAUGACUGUAUGUUCUGAUUUUAUUCUCUGAAAUUAUACUUGUUGUUUAUUUAUUCUGGUAAUUUAUGUAUUUAUUUGAACAAGUCUGAAUGUAUAUAUGAAUACACAUGUAAAUGUUCUUCUGAGUGGGCUUCUGUUUCUGUAGUUGUCUGUAAACCGUUCUGUAAUGUUGAUUCUCUCAGCUGAAAUAUACUCUGCUCUC